AUGACGCUAAACGAGGAAUGUUCUAUAAUUUCCCAGAACAAGUUAUCGAAACAGCGACAUGAUCCAAUGAGUUUUAGUAUUCCUUGUGUUAUAGUUAACUUAUCUGUUAAUGAUGCUUUAGCUGAUUUAGGGGGUAGCAUUAAUGUAAUGCCGUACAACAUGUUUGUAAAGUUGGGGUUGGGAGAGGCCAAACCCACUAGGAUGAGUAUACAGUUAGCUAAUAGAUCUGUUAAGUAUCCUAGGGGUAUUGUAGAGAAUGUUCUAGUAAAAGUAAACAAAUUUAUAUUUCUUGUUGAUUUUAUGAUCUUGGACAUGGAUGGUGAGAGUAGUGUACCCUUAAUUUUAAGUAGACCCUUUCUUGCAACAUCUAGGGCAAUGAUAGAUGUUUGUGAUGGAAAGUUAAAAAUUAGGGAAGUAUUAGUUGAAGACCCUCUAAAAGUCACUUUGCUAAGGGGAGAUGAGCAUGAGCUGUCAAAUGAGGAAGUGUUAGAGCAGCUUGAGUUUUUGUUAGCAAACAAGCCAAGCAACAAUACUGAUGAGUUUGUUGUGAUCGACAGGAUAAGUGUGCAGAAGUUGAGGCCAUCACUUGAGGAACCGCUGGUUCUCGAUUUGAAAAAGCUUCCACAACGUCUUGACUAUAUGCAUAUGGAUGAGGAUAACGGGUUGCCUAUCAUUCCAGCAGCACGCUUGACACUCGAGGUGAGGGAAAUGACAUUGCCCUCUCGAAGGAAGUACUUAAAAGCGGUUGCUUGGAGGAUUGCUAACAUUCUAAGGAUCCAUAACUUGGCAGUUCAAUCGCAGCAUAUGUCAAACCCGCACAUGUAG